AAGAGUUGUUGUGCGUUUUAAAACGGUGUGUGUUUUGACCCAAGAAGGAAGCGUUAUGACCCGAUUAACGGAAAAGCUCCGUUUGUCUUCCUUGUUCAUCAAACCGACCCGUUUUCUCUCUCUUCUUUCUCUCUCUACUCUCCAUCAUCUCUGCAACUCCCUUACUCGUUUCAUCUUCUCCCAAACCCUACCUUUCUUCUCCAUGGACAACAAUCUCUUCUCCGAUAACGUCGAUUACUUCGACGAUGACUUCGAUUCCUCUUACUCUCUUCGUCCUAACCGUCGCUUACUUCAACAAGAUUACCGCGAUUUCUCCGUUGAGAAGGUUUACUUGCUUCCCUAUAGGUGGUGGAUUGAUGCAGAAGGUGAAGGUGAUCGUGCGGAAGGUGUUUUGUAUACAGUUUGUUCGAAUUUUGAUUCUGAGUCUGAAAUUUUGCUUAAUCUGAAGAAGGAAGAGGAUCGUGAGAAGAUUAAGAGUUUGGAGGUAGGUGUUUCAGGUCGUCAUUAUGCUUUGGUUCCUGAAGGACUUUGGUUGCGUGCUCUCAAACGGUAUAAUGAUUUUAAUAAUGCAGUGAAGGAUUUUGGGAGAAUCUUCUAUGCAGAAGAGGGUUUGCCAGAUUUGUUCCCCUUGCAACUUAGGAUAGUUGUUUCAUGGGAAACCAGUUCACUUGUAGCAAAGAUAAGCCAAGAGGAAAAUGUGUCUGACUUCUACAAGAAAGCUUGUGACAUUUUCAAUUCUGCAUAUAACUCACUGUAUAUUUGGGACUUCUCUGGGCAGACAACCCAGCUUUUAGUAAAUGACAAUGCUAGGAUGCCAAAUGAUUCUCUUGGUCAACUUGGAAAAGAGGUUCUUCUGGAGUUACAAGUUCACGGACUUUCAGAUUCAAUGAGGGGUAGUCAGAGCAAUGGGAUGAUUUCAGAUAGCUCUCAGAUGGAAUGUUCUUCUGACGGUGACCCUGUUACGAUGAAUGGAAGCACUGAGAAUGUUAUCCCUUAUGUAACAGCAAACAACUAUUUUCAAGACAGUAGCUAUAGAGCAGUUCGAUCUUUGGGAUUGACAGGAUUACAUAAUCUUGGUAAUACCUGUUUUAUGAAUAGUGCCAUUCAGUGUUUGGCUCACACCCCAAAGCUUGUUGAUUUUUUCCUUGGAGAUUACCGUAAAGAGAUAAAUUAUGAAAAUCCCUUGGGAAUGAAUGGAGAACUUGCUUUAGCUUUUGGAGAUUUACUUAGAACGCUGUGGGUUCCUGGAGCAUCACCUGUGGUACCAAGAAUGUUCAAGAUGAAACUAGCUAACUUUGCUCCUCAGUUUAGUGGUUAUAUGCAGCAUGAUUCUCAAGAACUGCUUGCUUUUUUGUUGGAUGGACUGCACGAAGACCUUAAUCGUGUAAAACGCAAGCCAUAUCAUGAAGUUAAGGAUGCAGAUGGUCGUCCUGAUGGAGAAGUGGCAGAAGAGUAUUGGCGAAAUCACCUUGCUCGCAAUGACUCAAUAGUAGUUGAUUUGUGCCAAGGUCAGUUCCGGUCGACAUUGAUUUGCCCUUUUUGCAAGAAGGUUUCUAUCACCUUUGACCCUUUUAUGUACCUAUCUCUGCCAUUACCUUCUACAACGAUACGGACCAUGACUGUGACAAUCAUGAGUACUGAUGGGAUCACAUUGCCUUCUGCAAUUACUGUAACAGUGCCUGAAUGUGGAACACUUAAGCAUCUUAUUGGGGCCUUAACUGCUGUUUGUUCUCUGAGAGAUGAUGAAACCCUCUUGGUGGCUGAGAUAUACAAGAGUAAGAUUUUUCGGGAAUAUGAUGCAUCUGACCCAUUAGCUGAUAUUAGAGAUCAAGACACACUUGUCGCUUACCGAGUGCAGAAGUAUACUGAAGAUAGCAUCUUGAUUUUUUUCACUCAUGAUCGUUUGGUGGAAAGUUACGGGAAGGAAAGGUUUGAAAAUAGAUUGUUUGGCAUUCCAGUUGCAACAAGGCUGUCUGGUAUUUCUUGUGGACGCGAUGUUCAUAGGGGGUUUCUGAAUUUAAUCAAUCCAUUUCUGAUGCAAAACACGGAAGAAACAAUAGAUGAAUAUGAUAAGGAGGACAGUGUUGUUGAUGAUGAUACUAAAAAACCAAAUGAAGUUGAUGAAUCAGGCGAAACUAAUAACUCUGAAGCAAUAGAAAGUGACGCAGUCUCGAACAGCGGAGCCGAGGAUGACACAUAUUUGGGGACUGACUUUGAAUUCUAUCUAAUGCUUUCUGGGAGAGUAAGUGACAUUAAGAUAACAUCGAAUGAUGAACCAUUACCUGUCGCAAUGUUGUCCAGAAAGCAUCUGUAUCUACUUGUCGAAUGGCCUGAUGAGGUGCUUAAAAAGUAUGACACAAACCUGCUUGGUUCAUUGCCUGAGGUUUCCAAGCCCCAAUUCUUCACCAAGAGAACACAAGAAUCAGUAUCUAUUUACAAGUGCCUGGAAGCCUUCUUGAGAGAGGAACCUCUUGGGCCUGAAGACAUGUGGUACUGUCCUACCUGCAAAAAACCUCAGCAAGCAACUAAAAAGUUGGACCUUUGGAGAUUGCCUGAAAUCCUUGUUGUUCAUUUGAAGAGGUUCUCGUACAACCGAUACUUCAAGAACAAGCUGGAAACUUUCGUUGACUUCCCAAUUAAUGAUCUGGAUUUGUCAACUUAUGUCGCUCACAGGAGUUAUCCAUCUCCUAACUGCUAUAUGUUGUAUGCCAUUAUUUGUCACUAUGGCGGAUUAGGAGGAGGUCACUAUACAGCGUUUGUCCGUUAUGGCCAUGACAAAUGGUAUGAGUUUGAUGAUAACAGGGUUUCCCCUGCUGAUGAGGAGAUGAUAAAGACUUCUGCUGCUUAUGUUCUUUUCUACAAGAAAGUUUAGAUGAAGACGAAAACCUUAGUUUCAGUUGUGUAAUUAUUCAUACCGACACAUGGAAAGCUCAAGGUUUUUAGAUCAUGUGCCUAUGCAGUUGCGUCUGACUUCCUCAAAUUGUUGUUAAGCGUUUCCCGAUUGAUUUUAUCAAGAUUAGUGAAGAGAAAAUAGAAGGAUUCAAUAUUGUACAGCUUUUAGAAGCUAAGGGUAAGAAGGUAGAUCUUAAAUUUUUUGAAGUCGGAGGACAGAUGUAUACAUCUGUUGGGCGACAUGUACAUAUGCAUCCUGGAAUUAUUUAACCAAUUUUUUGGAUCAGAAGUGUCUUGGGUUUUUUCAAGCCAACUAUACAUGGAAAGUUGCACAUUUUUUUGCCUUUGUUUCA